AAGCGAAUGACUAGUGUCAGCUACCUAUGCUCCCAACAGACGGAAAAAAAAGAGAAGGUUUUUUAUAAAAUUUAUAAAUACCACAUCUUUUUGACAUCAAUUCUCGGUUUCGACCCCUCUCUUAGCUAUUAAUCCAUCUUCCUCUUUUUCUUUGGAAUCAUCAGAAUAAUUCUUUGGCAUCUCCACUGUUUUCUUUUUCCUUAAUUAAAUUAAAGGAAAUUGUUUGUUAAAUUAGGUUAGGACUGUAAAUCAGAAACAAAAUUUUAGAUUUAGUUCAGAACCAUGACUUCAGCAACCAACAUCGUCGGUGAACAACUUGCUACCGCUUUCCCCAAUCUCUCCCUUCAAGAGCAGAAGGAGAUGAAGAAUAAAGGGGCUGUUGGCGAGGAGGGUUGCGAAAGUCAUAGUGGAAUAUGCGCUAUCUGUUUAGAUAAGAUAGUUCUACAGGAAACUGCCCUCAUAAAAGGUUGCGAGCAUGCUUACUGUGUGACAUGCAUCCUUCGGUGGGCCACAUACGGAAAAUCACCUAAAUGCCCUCAGUGUAAACAUCCAUUUGAGUCCCUGAACGUUCAUCGUUCACUUGAUGGCAGGAUCAACGACUACAUGUUUGAGGAAAGUGUGUGCCUGCUUCUUAGAGCCUCAUGGUUCAAACCUUUGAAUGUGGAGGAAUGUGAGGUGUACGAUGAUUUGGAAGGUUAUUACCAUUAUUAUCCUUACCCUUGUGAAGAUGAUGAUGAUGAGGAAGAAGAUGAAGUUUACUACAGAAGUUCACCUAGUCUCCGCAUCGGCAAUCGGAGAUGGGGUGACAAUGGAUAUGUAAGAUCAGGGCGCCGAGAAGCCAGGCCUGUUCAGCAAUCAUCCAGCAGUUCCCAGAACUCUGAUGCUUCAUCUUCAAGUGAACCCAAGAAGAAAGAAGUUUCGAAAAGUAUAAUGGGGCGACGGGCAAAGAGGGCACUGAAGCGUGAGGCUGCUGAUAAGGCAGCUGCUGCAAAACAUCAAGAGCAUUUGGUGAGGUUGGGGCGGAAGUGAUUUCUUUGAUGCAAUGUCUUUUUAUGGAACAUUGUAGCAGAGGAAUUAGGGUGGUUUGAUAACCCAGAUUCUCUGUAUUAUAUCCUGGCUUUGUAAGUAUUUCCCUUUCUUUCCUUUUCUGUGGAACAAAAUAAUUACGUUGCCUCAGUGAGAACUUUAACUAGGGAUGAACAAUGGAUAUAAAAAAUUCGAAUAUUUUGAUA